AUGAGCCAUCAAAACGAACCGAUCGAGCACGGCGACGAUGGGGUGUCUAACGAGAAACGCGUCCAGACCACUGAUGAUGGGCCUGGCGCGUUUACGGACAUCGUCAUGGAAACCCGGCAGAAGAACAAUCUCCAUCGCAACCUCAAGGGUAGACACAUGCAGAUGAUUGCCAUUGGCGGUGCGAUCGGUGCCGGUUUAUUCAUCGGCUCUUCGAGCUCUUUCACGCAGGGUGGUCCGGGAUCCGUGCUUCUCGGAUUCAUGAUUAUCGGACUUCAGGUGUACACGAUGAUGCAAGCCCUCGCCGAGAUGUCUGUUUUGUAUCCGGUCAACGGCGCCUUCACGAUGUACAUUUGCCGAUUCGUUGACCCCUCCUGGGGUUUCGCUUGCGCUUGGGAAUAUGCUAUCUCCUGGUUGACCGUCCUGCCCUUUGAAAUCUCCGCUGCCUGCAAUAUCAUCCAUUUCUGGACCGAUGUUGAAAAUGUCAACAAUGCUGCUUGGAUCGUACCACUUCUCACGGCACUCGUUGCAAUUCAGUACUUUGGCGUUCGAGGCUACGGCGAAGUCGAGUUUGUCAUCAGUAUGAUCAAAGUCACUGCUUGUGUGGGCUUCAUGAUUCUCGGUAUCAUCAUUAACUGUGGAGGUGUUCCGACCGACAACCGAGGCUACAUCGGUGCUAGAUAUUGGCAUUCACCCUACACGGCGUUUCUCAAUGGCUUCCACGGAUUCUGCAGCGUCUUCGUUAACGCAGCCUUUGCUUACACAGGUACCGAGCUGACCGGUCUUGCUGCCGCGGAGAGCGAAAGGCCCCGAAAGGAGAUUCCAAAGGCCUCGAAGCAGGUCGUCUGGCGGAUCCUGAUCUUCUAUAUUAUUAACUUGUUCUUAGUCGGUUUAAUUGUGCCAGCGAACAGUGAUCUUUACGGCAGCGCUGGUGCCGAAUCCCGACAUUCUCCUUUUGUCAUUGCGAUCCAACUCGCUAACAUCAAGGCCCUCCCAUCGAUCUUCAAUGCUGUGAUCCUGAUUGCGGUUAUGAGCGUCGCAAACUCGUGCACUUUUGGCUCGACCAGGACAAUCCAAGCUCUUGCGGCAAAUGGAAUGGCGCCCAAGAUUCUCGCGUACAUCGAUAGAAAAGGCCGGCCUCUGUCUGUGACCAUUCUCCAGCUCUUGUUCGGAUGUUUAGCUUUUAUCAAUCUUGCACCAAACGGCGGCACUAUCUUCACCUGGCUUCUGUCUUUGUCGGGUCUGGCCAUUAUAUUCAUCUACGGCAGUAUCGCCUUAGCUCACAUUCGAUUCCGCAAUGCUUGGAAAUACAACGGCCAUUCCCUCGACGAACUUCCUUUCAGGGCCGCCUUUGGUGUAUGGGGCUCGUAUCUUUGCGUCUUGAUCAGCGUCCUGGCCUUGAUGGCCCAAUUCUACGUGGCUCUCUAUCCAAUUGGUGGUCCGAAUCUCGAUGCCGGAACCUUCUUCCAGCUCUACCUCGCUGGGCCUCUCAUUAUAUUCCUCUACUGUAUUUGGAAGGUCUGGAGUUGGUUCAAGCGUCCCGCCGACCGUCCUUUCUUUAUCGCUUUGAAAAAUAUCGAUAUCUACACCGGAAUGAGGGAGGAGCAAGCUGUCAUCAGUGGCUCGAAUGUAUCGUUGGAGGAUCGACGUGCCAGCAUCAUGGAGAUGCAGGGUGAGAAGACCAAGAAAACACCAAUGUCUUACCUCAAGGCUGCUGUCGGGAACGUCAUUUGA